ACCCGAUUUUUUGAAAUCGGUGCCAAUUCCUAAUUCGCGCACAUGCCCUUCAGCUGUCAAAAACAGCUGACUUUUGUUUUUACUUUACAUCGCGUACAAAAUGUUGAUUUUAGGAAAUCUGCGGUUAAUAACAAAAUUAAGUCAAAAUAAUGCAAAAAAGUUUAUUUUCGUGCCGCAGAUUGUGCGUGAACUACGUAAUCAGCCAUGGCAGCGACCAGCAGUUAGCGCAUCAAACGAUAUAGAUGAGCAAGUCAAUCCCCCUAUACGACCCGCGCAGACUGAACCGCGUGACACAACAGGCAUUACGGAAGUAGUAAAUAAAUAUUUAAAAAAAGAAUUGCAACAAAUCGAAAAUUACCAAGCCACAAAUGAAACAUCAUCGAGUAAAAGCGCUGCACCAAGCCAACAUUUGCCCGCCAGCGAUGAUGAUUUUGUUGAUGAAGCCGAUUCGGUAGCCGUUGGUCAAGCUAAAAAGGAUUAUGUUCCCACAUUCAAUUUGGCUGCAUAUGUCAACAAAUCUCCUACGCUACAGCAGUUUAUCCAACUGGGCGUAGACUUGAGUAGUAUAGAGAGACGUAAAGGCUUGGCUAAAUUUGUACUGGGCCUGGAUUUCGAAAAAAAUGUGAAACCAUAUCUCUACUUUCUACAGGAUCAAGGGGUACCAGCAGCGGCCUUUGGUGAAUUUCUCACGAAAAAUCCGUUAAUUUUUAAAGUGGAUAUAAAUGAUUUGCAAACGCGUGUUAACUACUUAGAAUCCAAAAAUUUCACAGCUGAACAACGCCAACGCAUAUUCACCCGAAAUCCUUAUUGGCUGAUGUUUUCAACGCAACGCAUUGAUCGGCGGCUUGGACACUUCCAGAAAGAAUUUCGACUGAGCGGUGAUGAUGUGCGAUUUUUAACAUCGAAACAACCGCGGCUGAUAACUUACAGCAUGGAGCAUAUACGCAAAUCAUCGUUUUGUAUACGCGAGGAAAUGGGCUUCGAUAAGGAUGAAAUUAAGUGCUUGCUCUUGAACAAGCCACGAUUGUGGAUGAUGAAAUCUGACGAUCUAAUUGAACGUUUUGCUUAUGCACACCAAACAAUGCAGCUAUCGCAUGACAUGCUAAUACAGUUUCCUGAAGUGCUGACAUCGCGCGAGUUCCGCUUACGACAGCGUCAUGAGUUUCUUGUUACACUAGGUCGUGCGCAAUACGAUCCCGAGAAGGAUUUGUAUGUCUCACCAAAAGAUUUAGUCAGUGGUAAUGAUUUUCAAUUUGUACGUCAAGUGGCAAAGAGCGAUCUGGAAACAUAUGAGCUAUUUUUAAAGACGCGAUAGUGCAUAUACGGAUUGAAAAUUC